AAAAACUGAUCAAACAUCACGACGCACAACGUGGCGCUAUAUAAAUCUGUUGACGUGUUCUCUAGUUCAAUGGCGAACGAGGGAAAAACUCAAGUUUUUAAGACUAUCGAUCAGCGUUAAAAAGAUUGCUUCUUCCGAUGAUGCUCAAACAGGGUUUAAUGAUUUUAUUAGCUUUAUCAGACGUAUUUUCUAUGGAAAAUGACGAGACGUGUUCUAUAUGCUUUUUUUCGGAAUCUGCCACAGUUUACCCUUGUAUGGACAAAAUUUGCAAUGGAUGCGUAAUUAAUAUUUUAGUUUCAUACAAUUCUAUUUGUCCCGUAUGCAGAUCUUCUAUUAUCAAGGUGUCGGACACAGGAACAUACAAAAAAGAACUCGCAAGUUUAAAGGCCGCCGUUAUGGAUAAAUCGAUUACUGACGAAAUAAUCAUUUCGCGUUAUUAUUUUCUUCCACCUUGGCAAUAUGCCGAUAAAGAAAUGUUGAUAGACAUUAAAAAAAUUAAAGACUCGUAUCCUUCUGAAGAUGUAUUAGAUUUAUUUAACACGUUACAAAACGAUGGUUUUAAUUAUACUAUCAAAGAAGAUGUGGAGAAACGUCGUGAGUAUUUCCGCAAAGAACCUAAUGAUGAAGAAAAAAUUAUAUUGCAAAAUUAUUAUAAAAGAAACGAUCGUAACGUUCAGAACGAAUUUAAUGCACGAAAAAAUAUGUUCUAGCAAAUAAAAGUUUGAUAACUCGUGUGUUAAUAUCAUAAAACCAUACGGUUAACGACUGUUGAUUAACUAAGUAUAUAUUUUUAUAUUUUAUUGAAAAUAAAAAUUUACCAUUCCA